UCUCUCUCUCUCUCUCUCUCUCUCUCUCUUAAAUGUACAUUCAAAGUCCUGAUCUUUUAUAAUCUAUGAUUAAAGUUAACUAAGGGAUUCACUUAACUCCGAAAUGAUUUUUGCAGUAGCGAUGCAACAUCUAAUUUUAUCUGAAUGAGAAAUAUUGUAGAUUUCUGUAGAAUGAGUCAUACUGUAGAUUUCUGUAUAGUGAAUCAAUGACUUCAUGAGUUAUAAGCUAUGAAUGUCAAUCUUACUAAUAGAUGCCCAUUGUAUAUGUUGUAAUGAUUUGCUGCCUCUCUUACUAGGACUACAAUUGGUUCAUGCUAAGAGGAUAAUAUCUUUAUCAUGAGCUGUUGGAUUUAUUGUAAGCAACCAUGUAUGAAAAGAAGCAUUUAUUGCAUUAUUCGUGUUUCUUUGUUUUGGUUAGAAAUUAUUUGUGUUUCUUUUCUCAAAGAAAAUCAAGGAAUGUGAUUUGCAAUGGCUUCUAAAGUCAAUGAUCAUGGCUGCUGAAGUUAGCAUUGCUAGAUCAUGGAGUUCAUCACUGAAAGCCAAUUAUGCAUUGUUUACAUAAAAGAAGUUCUCUCUUUGGGAUUUGUGUGAGUCCUGAAUACGAAGACACCGGAAAAAUUGAAAUUUAAGUGAUAAAAUAUCAUUAUGAGCACCAUGUCCAACCAGAAGUGAAUGGUAAGUUUACAACUUUCUCAAUGUAAAUGUACCAAUGAACUGUAUUCAAGUGAACUGUUGUGGCCACAACUACUACUUUUGCUUCUUGGACUCUCAUGUAUAAGAUUAUGCACUGCUAUAGCUUACAUGCACAGCAUUUCUUGGCAGAUCUUAUCUCAACCUUGGCAUCAGUAAGACCAUGUUAACAUAUAAAUAGGAUUUAGGCGGUAUGCCUAACUUGCAUUUGAUUACACCUUGUAUUUGGAUGAAUUACUAUUACAAAAUUAUUUCUGUGUCCUGUUAUAGUAUUCAUCGUAUUUAGAGUAUGUUUUUGGAUAUAUUAGUCACUAUUAUCAUGAAAGGUAACAAGUUUUACUUGCUAAAUAUUGCAACUAGGUCAUGACUAAAUUCCGAAAGAAUUUGCGUACUGUGGGAGCGGGGUAAAUGAGUAAUAUGGAAAUCUAUUUAUCGGUACCCUUUAUUUAUUGGGGUCUCGCUCACUUAAUCUCAUUUCACCUACCACUUGUUGCAAUGCAUGAAGGCUUGAAUUGCCAGGUUGACAGAAACUUUGCUGGUUAAUGCGCUUUAUAAGUUAUCAGUUUCGUUCGCCUUCAUUCAACAAAAAAAUUUCCAGUCUCUUUCCAAAGAGUGGCCUGGAGGUUAAUCGUAAUCGGCGGAUGCUCUUGGAAAUCUGUCAAAGUGGUAGAAUAGUGGGUUUCUCUUGAAGCAAAAGCCGUUAGAGCGCUUGGAUAAAAGAGUCAUAAGAGCAGAUAAACAAUGGAUAAAUCUGUUGCGAAGUGUAUCCCAAAACUUUCACGGAGGCAGAAUGAUAGUUGGUCUGAUGUGGAAACUGUGGAAGAUGUGCUUUCCAAUAUUCUUUCAAGGCUUCCAGUCAAGUGCAUCAUACGUUCUAAGGCUGUUUCUAGACUUUGGAACAAAUUGAUUAGCAGUCCAUAUUUCACUAAAUUGCAUUUAAUGCGGUCAAGAGAAAAUGCAAUCUAUAUACUUUAUCCUUAUAUGGAUGAAAUAAAAGAAUUGCAUUUGGUUGAUGGUGAUGGGGUAACCACUGAAAUAAUCACUCUUCCUGGUUUUGAAAAUGUUUCAUCUCUUAGUAUGAUUUGUUCCUACAAUGGGUUGAUAUGUUUCACCAUUUACCCCUGGUUUCCUCACUUAUAUAUGAGGCAACCGGUCGAGGAAGACUUGGAAAUCCUAAUCUGCAAUCCCGCUACUCGUGAAAUUCGGUUACUUCCAAGAGGUAGCCCAGCAGAACAGGAGCUAGGCAUUGGGGUUGCCUUUGGCCCAGGAACCAGUGAUUAUAGAGUAUUUCGGUUUUUCUCCUCCAUAUUUGAAAAGCCAGUAGUCAGCCCUCAGUGUGAGAUAUUUUCAUCAAGCACUGGAACCUGGAGAGGCAUAGGUUUUGUUCAGCAAUAUCCUAUGGGUGCAAAUCACGUAUAUUUUAAUGGACAAGUUUACUGGUUUAUUGCUUCAGAAGAAGAUCAUUCUACCCCUGGAAGCAUUCUUUCAGUGGAUAUGGAGGACAACUUUAAAACCAUUGAACUUCCAGAAGAAGUCACUGCACACUCCUUCCUAAUUAUUCUGGAAGGUUUCUUAUCGUUAGUUGCUGUCUAUGAUGAUGAUCUAAUUAUGGAUGUAUGGAUGUUAAAGGAUGCAAAUGAAUCUUAUUGGGAGAAGAAGUGCAGUGCUUAUAUUGAACACGCUGUUGAAGAGUGCAUUGACUCUGUAGCUGGAAGGAAUAAUGAAUUUUUUUUCAUAACUACAGAACAUUAUUUUAUCUUUAAUACCGACAGGACUACCUGGGAGCAACUUUAUCUUCAGGAGGUGUUUGGACAGGAUUCUCCUGUUGUCUUUACAUACACAGAAAGCCUUCUCCCCUGUAGCUGAUUUCUACAUUUUGCAAGAGAAGAGGCAAAUAAGCGAGAAGCAUAAUUUUGGUCAUUUGCUGUUUUUGUUUCCAGUUUGACAACAUUUCUGGUGGGAUUCUUAUUUGUUUUGAAAUUCUCUUUCUUUUAUGUUGUUAUUUUACUUUUGCUCUUAUG